GUUUCAACGAGCAGAACGUACAAUUUUGAUGAAAAUUAAUUCGAGAGCAAAAUGCAUUUUUUCUUAAAUAAAGCCAAUUAUUUCGUUUUAUUAUUGAUUUGUGUCCGAUUAAGUACCCAAAAUAAAAGAGUUAAACGAAUUGUGGGUGGAAUAAAAGCCGCACAACCACCACCAGAUGAUCCAGUCGUAUUUACACAUCUAUACAGUCAUGAUGCUCGCAUUGAAGGAUAUCGUAAUGCUAAUGGUUUAUAUUCAUUUUUGGCGAUUCCGUUUGCCUAUCCGCCAAUCGGUAAUGAUCGCUUUCGACGUCCCCGUUUCAAGCGACUGGAAGGAGAUUUCAAUGCAACCACUUAUGGCAGCCCAUGUCCUCAGCCCGAUUCCGAAGGAUAUAUCGUUGGUUCGGAAGAUUGUUUGUGGCUCAAUGUCUAUACGCCGCAAAUGCCAGAUGAGACAACUGGCUUGCCAGUUAUUCUGUGGAUACAUGGUGGUGGUUAUCGUUAUGGUUCAGCUAACCAAUAUACAGCCGAGUCGCUUACAUCAAAGAGUGUGAUUUUUGUACCGAUUCAAUAUCGAUUGGGUUCGCUAGGAUUUUUGGGCGAUGGAACUACUGAAUUUUCUGGAAAUGCAGCGCUUUUUGACAUGGCUACUGCUCUACGGUGGGUUCAUGAGUAUAUUCAAUUUUUUGGUGGUGAUCCCAAACAGAUAGUGGUCAUGGGACAAGGAAGUGGAGCACAAGCGGCCACCUAUUUAACAACAACACAACGUUCAUCACGUGAAAUGGUCAGUGGGGUGGUUGCUAUGUCCGGGUCACCCUAUGCACCGAGUGCGGUCGACAAUACGCCAAUGCAAACAUCCAAAGAAAUUUUAGCAAUAAAUAAUUGUCAGAAAGAAAAUGAAACCGAAAUUGUUAAAUGUAUGAGAAAUAGAAACUUUGAAGAUAUAAUUCGAGAUGAUUCAAAAGUUCAAGUUGAACGAUUACAAGGACAAAAAGUGGUUCGAUCGAUGAACGGAAAUGUUGGUUAUGAACCAUUAAUUGAAGGCAAAGACGAUCAACGUUCACUGCCGAAAUUUUUAGAAGAGGAUCCUCGAUAUGUUAUCGGAAAUGGUACAUUCAAAAAAGUGCCAUUACUCACCGGCGUCACACGUGACGAAACCGCCAAUGCCAUUGAUAUUAAAAAUAUUGAGAAAAUUUUCACAACGACAACCAAAUUUUUGGAGUCCGUGGCCAAUGCAAUGAUGAAAAAUGGUUUGCUUGGAAAAGCUAUUAAUACUCAUUUACCCGGUGUUGAAAAAGUGUUAUCGCUCAGUGAAUAUCUAAAAGUGCCGGAUAAAUUCAAUGUAAUGCAGAUAAUGACAAAAUUAACGGAAGCAACAACAGAUGCUUUAUUUAAUUUACCAGCCAUUUUAACAGCACAAACAUGGACCAAAGUGGCACCGGCUUAUUUAUAUAGUUUUGAACACAUCGGACAGAGCAGUAAUCGUGGUUCGACAUUUUUGGCCGGUCUUCCAAUAGUCGGCAAUAAACCUGCGAAUAACACAGUUGCACAUGGCGAUGAAUUGGCCUAUUUAUUUGAUCCUCGUGACAUUUUUGGCAAACAAUUGAACAAUUUAAAACCAUUAGAUGAAACGGAUAAAAAAGUUCGUGACAUCUUUUCAAAUAUAAUAACUCAAUUUGCUUACUUGAACAGUGGUCAAGGUGUAAAAAAUAAAGGCACAUUUCAAGAAUUUUUAUCCGAACAGAAUAAUUUCAUUCGCAUUGGACAAGAGGCAAUUUUAAGCAAAGAUUUCCGCUUCUGUCAAAUGGCAUUAUGGGGUGCACUUGUGAAACCAUCGUCAAAAGAAACGUCUUGUAAACAUAUUUUGAAUCAAUUGACCUCAUCUUUACUAACAGCGACUGGAAAUUUAACGACAUCCGUUGGAAACACACUGAGUAAUCCAUUGGGAAUUUUGAAUUUAGGUGCGAAAAAGAAUGCAACUACUUCCGUUCCAUCAAAAAGUGGUGGUAUUCAAGAAAGUCAUGUUGGAAGUUCAUCGAACAAAAAACCAGGUGCAACAUCACAAAAAGGGGGAGGUGGCGGUUUACUUGGUGUACUUUGGAUGCAGAAAUAACCUUUAUUCUGUAUAUGCUUUUGCAUCGUAAAAAUUUGAAUUAGUUUUUCCACAAAAAUUGUUGUGUGACUCCAUUCUUUUAUGUAUUUGUGAUUGAUUGAGUAAAAAAAGUGAAUUUUUAAAAAUAAAAA